AGUGUUUUCGAGAGAGGAGAAACAAAUGCGCGAGCAAAAGCAAACGGAGCAAACGUCAGCGCGAGUGAAGCCUUGGAAGGAGUUUGGUUGUUUGUAAAUACGCCAAGUGCAUUGUUGGGCCGCGCCACUUCGGCCUAGGGUCCCUUUCGCGAGGCCCUUCCCGUCGCUAAAGUGCGGAUAGGACGCUGAGGCCUCCGGCCGAGGCCCACACUUGCCCAGCGCAAGGUCUUCCCUCCCAGGUGGACCCCCGACACUCUGCAGACUCGAAAUGGAAUCGGGGGACCGCGUUUACGCGGCCGAACGCAUCAUGAAGAAGCGGGUCCGCAGGGGCCGAGUGGAGUAUUUUGUCAAAUGGAAAGGCUGGAGCCACAGGCACAGCACUUGGGAGCCAGAGGAGAACAUUCUGGACGGCAGAUUGAUUGAAAUAUUUGAACAAGGCUGGAAUCCAUACUGUAAUAGACACAGGACGAAAGACAAAGAUUUGCCGCACAAAAGAGGUCCUAAAAAGAAAGAGCGGUUGCAAGAUCACACCCCUGUCAGCAUCGGCAUUUUGGACGAUGACGCCAGUUCGUCAAGCAUGCCCAUCACGGACAGGAGGCCGAGAUACGAAGCAGUCGCAUCUGCUGACGAAGAAGAGGAGGAGGAUGAGGAGGACGUCGCGGCCAGUUCGAUUUGCGGGUCCUCCCCUGCAGAUUCGAGCAAAGCAAAAGAUAAUCACCACGGAGGAGCCAAACGCAAAGCAGAAGUGCUGUCGACUGAGUCUGGAAAAAUCGGAGUGACGAUCACGACAAACCACGCACACAAGACACAGCGAAUGAUGUCGCCACCGAGGAGUCCAUCGUUUGCAGACACAUUCAUCAAGUCACUCCACCUCACACCAGUAAAUCGCCGGCCGUCAGCCGAAACGGCAUCACAGGCGAGCCAAAGUGAUACGAAAAGCUCGGACAUUGGCGAUUCCUCCAAGUCAACGCAGUCCUGCGAAGCUGUGGCGCCGGCGAGUUCGGUGACAAAAAUAAGUGGCUCUCAACUAGCCAUCGACACAUCUGGCCAAAGAAUGAAGAACGGCGAACUGGCCACAGCGCCUGGCUCGCCCCAUUUGCCACCCGGACGCGCCGAGGCGCCUCGAAGUCCCGCAAGCGCCGAGUACUGGCUCAGCAGAGCCCCCAUGGCUGAGGAAAUUGUGAUCACUGAUGUGACCGUGAACCUGAUGACCGUGACCAUCAGAGAGUGCAAGAAAAAGGACGGCUUCUUCAAAGGGAAGGAAAGGGAGGAGGCGGAAAAAAUUAGUAAUUAAAUGCAGAUUAUUUUUUUUCAUUGUUAUUUUCAAACUUACUCAUAGAGCGGCAAAGCAUCCCAGGUUUUAUUACUUGUCAGUCCCCCCUUCCAUAAAAAACAAACAUUGCUGGAAAUUUCCUCUUCUUGACUAGACACUCGACAUUACCAGGUUGCUUGGAAAGAAUGCCAGUGUUUACGUAGGGCAUGUUUGCCAUUUUCUAAAGCAUUUUUGCUAAUGUUCUUAGCAAUACUUAAGCGAAAUAAGGUAUUUAUUUUUUAUUUCCAAUUGACCGUUUUCUGAGGGGUUGUUCAAAUUUGUCAUGGGUAUUUAAUACCCCGUCCCCAGAAGCAGAUUUUAUUUUCAGUGUCGCUUGUCUUUUCUCUUUUAUUCGGUUUUAAUAAUUAUUUCGAUUUUAAAUCACGGUUUCCUAAAGUAUGAACUUGAAGGCUGGGAAAAACGAGAGAAAUCAUCAGUAGAAGUCAGUGUAUAUUUAUUUAUUUCUAUAAUAGUAACUUGUAUUUUGGCUUGGCUCUGUCUGAUCUGAUUGAACAGUAAAAUGCAGUUUGUAUAGGCAUAUUAUAUAUAAAUAUUAGUGAAUUUUGUUUUGCUGUAAUCAUUGUCAUUCAAUUAAAGCAAUUAAAUGUUUUACUGGAAU